AUAUAUAUAUAUAUAUAUUUAUGAAUAAUAUUGAAUAUAGAAUAUUCAAUAUAUUGAAUAUGUUAAUAAUUAUUAAGAGAUUCAUAAGAUUCUAGUUAUAUGAAAUAUUGAUGUAAUUGGAUAUGUAAAAGAAAAGAUGAACGAUGAUAAUGUACUUUUGUAUCAAGAUUCUCUGUUUCUGUUAUAUGGCAAUUUCUGUUUUAGUUUAUCUAAUUCUUCCUUCUGUGAAUGAUAUUCUGCUGUUGUUUGUGUCAACUGUGAAAUAAAACAGAACAAUGGUGAAUUUUACUUGAAAAAAAGAUACUGGAUUUAAUAAAAUAUAUAUUUAAAAAAAAAAGAUAUUAAUAACCAUAUCGAGAAGUACUUCAAAUUUUAAUUUUAAUAGAUUCUGAAAAAUAAGUUUCACAUGAUAUUAACAUAUUAUAAAUGUUUUUUCAUUAUGAAACUUACCUGGAAUCCAAGAACCAGACUCAAAGACAGUUUCUUGAUCUCCUAAUUUUAAAUGUAUAGGACCAAUAUUGGGUCCGAGUUCUUUUUCUAUACGUUUCGGACUAAAAUCUUUGUUUGCCAAGAAAACUCCCACUUUUCUCGUAGGAGUCUUCUUAGGGGAAAAUUUAUUUGAAAACAAUGGCAUUGCGUGUGUGCCCAACGGUAUGAUACGCUUACAUGCAAAGGUUAAAUUUCAAAACGUAUUUAAUACGUAUUUAAUAACGUGUGAAUUCAAAUGUUUCAAUAAUAAAACAUAUUUUAUCUUAUUGUUUAAUUUCGAAUUCAGAAAAUUUUAUUUUCCUAAAUACAUCCUAUGUACAAUAGCCUCAACAAAAUAUUAGAUAUAAAAGAUAGCGUAUAACAUAUAUUUCGAUAAUUAUAAUAGUAUUAUUCUACCUCAUUUGACAGAGUAGUAAGAUAAUUGUAAUUUUACUAAUCUCAUUGAAAUUUUCGUAUAUUGGAACAUAUAUAUUCAUGGUAAAUAAUCAGCGUUACCACUGCUUCAAAAAUUUUUGUUUACAUUGGCCACAGCACACUACAGCCAUAGUAUUGGCUUGUAAACCGUUGCUGAAAGUAAGGUUGACUUCUGGAAUUGUAUAUUUAUAUAUUUUUUUUCCGUUAAAUAACAUACAAUAAUUGCGCUUUCGAAGAAAUGAUUAGUGCGAUCUUAUAUAACGUUGAUUCAUUCGAAUAAACUGACAGUCAAUUAAAGAGGUGUAGCGACAGUUUUUGUCUAUAACCUAAAUUGUCCAUCAUGAGUUGGCUUGAAACGAUCGCUAGCAAUGUUCUUCGUAAUAUCGUGUUUCAAGAUAUACCAUCGAAUACAGUCCAAGAGGUUGAGCCUAAAAAUUACAGUAAUCGACAUAUUGAAUGUCGCGAGGAUGGCAUUGUACUUUACGGUCCAGCAGAAGGAAAUAAAAAGAAGUUUGAAGUUGUACUUCACAGGCCUUGUACAGAAACACUGUAUCAUGCGUAUAGAUGUGCAACGUGAGUAAGAUACAAAAAUUAUGCGAUACUUUAAUGGAACAUCCAACAUGGACACUGGCACAUUUUGCAGCUCAUUUUGCUCUUUACAAUACUUUUGCCAAUUCUGAUGUAAAUAGUCAGUUAAACAGCGGAGACAUAGAAACAGGUGUAUCACCUUUGCAAGUUGCGGUACAAACAAAUAACUUACGGACAGUACAAAUGUUGAUAGAAGCUAAAAGUUCAUUGGAGCAUCUAGAUUAUGAAGCCAAUACCGUCUACCAUUAUGCAGCUAACUCUACCAAAGAAAUAAUUUUAGCCCUUGGAGGUGACCUUCCAAAUAGUCUAAAUAGUCGUAACAAUAACGGGCAUACACCAAUACACGUCGCUUGUUUGAAUAAUAAGCCUGAGUGCGUUACAGCUCUUCUUUUAAUCGGAGCGGAUGUGAAUAUUCCGGCUUCCGAGGGACAACCUACUAGUCCUAGUUAUGUAGGAGAUCUACUUCACAGUAAACAAAAUGCUCUCCACGCGGAGGAUAUGAAAUUUGGCGGUACGCCGUUGCAUUGGUCACUGAGCAGAGAGGUGAUUAAUGCUUUAAUAGAAAGCAAUUGUGAUAUAGAUGCUGUAAACUUUGAUGGCCGUACAGCGUUGCAUAUUAUGGCAUUGAGAAAACGAUUACCGUGCGUCGUGGCAUUAUUAAGUCAUACGUGUUCUGUAAAUAUCGAAGACAAGGAUGGCAAUAUUCCAUUGCAUUUGGCGGUUUCCAGUGGUACAGCUGCCAUAGUACAAAUACUGAUAGGUUUCGGAGCGGAUGUUGAUGCCAGGAAUUGGAAGUCAGAAACGCCACGGCAUUGCGUGAAUAUCGAUAGCAACGAGGGCCAGAAAAUUCUGUACAUUUUAGAUUCGGUGGGCGCUCAACGUUGUCCACGAGAAAUGUUAAAUUGUCAUAUGGGCUGCAAGUUUAACGAAACAUAUAAUGGUAUCGCACCGCAGCAACCACCGACGGCUGUACCUCGCACGAUAUUGGAUCAAAUGCUACACGUUUCUGGAAUGGAUAAGAUGGCUAUGCAAGAAAAUCAGAAAAUAAAAGGCGGCCGACUUCUUUGCCUGGAUGGAGGAGGGAUUCGUGGUUUGGUUCUUAUACAGAUGUUACUGGAGAUUGAGUCGGUCUUGAAGAAACCUAUCGUAGAGUGUUUCGACUGGAUUGCAGGCACAUCUACAGGUGGGAUUUUAGCUCUUGGCCUAGCGGCUGGCAAGUCUCUGCGAGAAUGUCAGGGGCUGUACUUCCGCAUUAAAGAGGAAGCUUUUAUCGGUACACGUCCAUAUAGCAAUGAAGGCUUGGAAAAUGUAUUGAAAGAGUGUCUAGGUGCUAAUACAAUUAUGUCCGAUAUUAAAAAACCCAAAAUAAUGAUUACCGCUGUAUUAGCUGAUAAAAAGCCUGUCGACCUUUACUUGUUUCGCAAUUACGACGCACCUAGUGUAUUACUCGCACUUCCAGAGACGUCCGUCUCCUCGUCACCGAGCAAACAAUUGCUUUGGCAUGCGGCAAGAGCAACUGGGGCAGCUCCGUCUUAUUUCCGAGCGUUCGGCAAAUUUCUCGACGGUGGACUGAUAGCGAAUAAUCCGACUUUGGAUGCAAUGACCGAAAUUCACGAGUACAAUCUUGCUUUGAAAGCUAGUGGACGCGAAGACGAAGUGAUUCCCUUGUCUUUGGUCGUUUCCCUUGGCACUGGCUUGAUACCUACUAGUCCAUUGAAAGAAAUCGAUGUGUUCCGGCCUGAAAGUUUAUGGGACACUGCAAAGUUAGCGAUGGGAAUGUCGGUCCUCGCGGUGUUAUUGGUGGAUCAAGCAACAGCAAGCGACGGAAGGGUCAUCGAUCGUGCCAGAAAUUGGUGUUCCAUGAUCGGAGUGCCUUACUAUAGAUUCAAUCCGCAACUAUCCCAAGACAUCGCUAUGGAUGAGAAAAGUGACGAAAUUUUGGCUGAAAUGAUAUGGACUACUAAAGCGUUCAUGCGCGCAAAUAGGGACCAAAUGAACGAAUUAGCUGCUGUGAUAAAUCGUGAUACAACGAUUUCUGAGCUGGUACAGCGUGACAGUAAUAUGUAUGAGCAUGUGAGAUAUGAUUGAACUGCAUCUAAGUCAAAAGUACAAAUCUUCCUUAUUCUUUAGCUUGCUCUCUAGCUUUUCAUUACUUUUUCUUCCUUUUGUUUUUUUCUCUUUAUUUCUUUCUUUCUUCUACCUUUCUCUAUGAUUGAAUCGAUGAUUCAGUACUACUAUUUGAAAACUUUUGUAUUAAAGCAAACUUAUUUAUCUGUCACUGAUAAGUCGAUGAAGCAGCGCACAAUUAGUUUUUAUUUCUAUCUUUUUAUUUCAAUGAGGAAUCUCGUGCGCGUGCUCUCUUUCUCUCUCUCUCUCUCUCUUAUUUUUAGAUAUCAAUUAAUUUUAUAUAUAUAAAAUAUAACAGUGCGUACGUUUAAUGAAUGGGUGAAUGAAUAUAGGAUUAGUUGCAAUUGGUGGUAGUUUGUGAUAAAUAGGUUACGAAUGUUUAGACAUUUUUGUGAAACUUGAGGAUUUAAAUUAAAGAGUAAACUAAUAUUAUGAUUAAUAUUAUUAAGGGAAAGAAAUCUCUGCAUAAAUAUUGGCAGUCUAUUGAUAGAAAAUAGAGUAAAUUAUUAAAUUAUAUUAUAUUUAAGUGUUAA